UAAAAAUCAAACCAGACUUUUAUGAAGGUCUUCUUGCCCUUGGGCAGCAGCAGUUUGAACAAGCAAAGCUAUCGUGGUACUACGCAAUUGGUAGUGAGGUUGACAUAGAGACAGGGUCCGCUACAGAGAUCCUAGAGCUUUAUAAUAAAGCUGAGGAUAGCAUGGAGAGGGGCAUGCAGAUGUGGGAGGAGAUGGAGGAACGACGUCUUAAUGGGCUCUCCAAAUCAGAGAAACACAAAAUUGACUUGCAGAAAAUGGGGUUGGAUGGGCUAUUUAAAGAUGUAUCGGCUGAUGAAGCUGCAGAGCAGGCUGCAAACAUGAGGUCUCAAAUAUACCUCUUAUGGGGUACCUUGCUCUAUGAGCGUUCCAUAGUGGAAUUUAAGUUAGGUUUGCCAACAUGGGAAGAAUGUCUGGAGGUUGCUGUUGAAAAGUUUGAACUUGCUGGAGCGUCUCCAACCGAUAUAGCUGUGAUGAUAAAGAACCACUGUUCCAAUGAAUCUGCAGUGGAAGGUCUUGGAUUCAAAAUUGAUGAAAUAGUGCAAGCAUGGAAUGAGAUGUAUGAUGCUAAAAGGUGGCAGACUGGUGUUCCAUCUUUCCGGCUAGAGCCAUUAUUUCGUCGGCGGGUUCCAAAACUUCAUUCUAUGUUGGAGCAUAUUUAAUUUUUUCGCUCAUGAUUGGAGAUUUUCUAGGACCAGUGAAAGAAAGCACCGGGAUUGUUACUUAGUUGUCAGACUAUUAUGUGGUUACAAGCUGUGAUAGGUUUUCUUCAUGGAUUGUUAUUUUCACCAUUAAGAAGUUGUUUUUGGAAGCAAAGAUACAGAGUUUGUUGUUGAGUGUUGGUUUUGGAAUGGGAGUGAGUUAUUUUUUUGAUUGGGCUGCAAAGACGCAUGUAGCAUUCUUUCCCCUCAUUUGUGGAUUUUAUUCUCCUUCAUUAGGGGAUUUAUUAUCAAAGACGACAUGAAGAAGCAGGAGUCUUAUUCUUUGUUGUCAGAUUGUUCAGAGUUUGAGAUAGUGGGUAAAUGAUUGGUUUUGUAAAGUCAUUUGAACCAAUAAGCAGUGGUAAUAUUUGUUAUACUAUUCAUUUGUUAGUUGCUUCAUGCUUGCUUAUUCAUAAAAUUCUUUUUGGGUUCCAGAAGUGGCAUGAAACUUAUGUCUACUUAUUUAAUUGAUUUGUCGUUCUUAUCA